UCUAGUUAUUAAUCUUUGCAGAGUUUAUUUCCAGAUAAGUGUUUGUUUGUUGUUAAUUGAUGAUUUAGUUUUUAUGAUUAGAAAAACAUUGAAAAAUGUUUGGUUUUAUGAAAAAAGACAAAGAUCGUGAAGAUGACAAGAAGAAGAAAAAAGAAAAGAAAGACAGCAAGCGCAGCAAGGAGCGACCUGGCAUGACCAGGGAGGAGCUAUGGAGACUAGACGAGGCGCGCAAAAGUUUAACAGGCAAAGGCAAAAAGAAGAAAGAAGAAAAGCUGCCUAGUGGCAUCACUGCUGAUUAUAUGGACCAAUUCUUGUCAGGGCUGCAGAAGAAUUCAGACCCAGACAUCGCUGCAGCCAACACAUUUCGUGAGAUACGCGAGCGCUACGAGGCCAUGGCCUCCGCGUCGGGGGUGCAGAGUGACUCGUCCAGUGAUGGUGUGAGCCUGCAGUCGUUACGAGCCUACAUGUCGCAGCACGCGUCUCCUCCUAAACGGGGAAUUUUGAAGGGAGGAGGCAGCACUGAGUACCAGGGUGUGCAGGGCAACAUUGAUGACGAUGCAUCGCUUAUGCUCAAUACAAACUAUAAUGAAAUUUAUGAAAAUUUUACGCAGCGUCAGCUUGAUCGAGCGGAAUCGCAAUCGUCGGUCCAAGAUAGGAGCUCUCUUAGCAGUCCGCAGAGAGUUUCAAAUGGCUCGCUCAGUCUAAGCCCAAGAAGUCCGUUGUCGCCGACAUUACUUUCUCCUUCAGGGAGCCAUCCUCUUGGUGCACUAAUCAGUACAAAUAUGUUAUCACAAAUUGUUAAUAGAGAACAGCCUCCUCCAUUACCCUCGUCUCUGUCCUCGACCAUGCACCCCCACGCUCCAGCAAUGACUUAUCAAAUGCACAACUUCACGGGCGGUAUGCCUGUUGGAGAAUCGGCCGGGAUGAGUCACCAUUCUAUGAAAAAUUUUGAUGCAGAUCUUUGCUUACCGGCGUUAAUUCCGUAUGAGCUUCCGCCUCCACGUACUUUAGCUAUCGACCGUCUGCCGGCUGGGGAUUUUGGUUUUUCUCUGCGACGCACGCAAGUUCUUGAACGCGUCGCUAACCGCCCUCCUACGAAGCGCACAAUCAUUUUCGCUGAGCCCGGGUCUGUGGGCCGGACCAACACGACGGGGCUGCUGCCCGGGGACCGGCUCCUGCAAGUAAACGGCAUUUCUGUGGAGAACAAGUCCAGGGAAGAGAUCAUAGAGCUCAUCAAAGCCUCGGCAGACUACGUCACUUUAAUGGU